UGAUGCUAAGAAUGCUCCUAAUUACAGGGCUCUUCUAUGUAACAGACUCAGUAAUAAAACGAGAUGGAGAGACUGUGACUCUGAACGUUAACACAACAGGACUUCAGGUUAUGAACUAUUUUUGGACCUUUGGCCGACAUCAUCCUGUUAUAAACAUCACCAUCGUCACCAACGGUGAAGUUACUCAGGUAAAUGGAACCAGAUUUGAAGGCCGGCUGCACACAGAUGUGGAAACUGGAUCAAUCACCAUCUCUAACCUCACUGUCCAUGACAGCGGAGUCUUUCUGGUUCAGAUUUUUAAAGGAACAAGAAUUUUUAGUCAAAGUUUCACCUUGAUCGUCAUGGACAAUGGACCCAUUCGUAUUAAUGUUCUGGAAGGAAACAACAUAACUCUGGAUUCUGGACUACAGGAACUAGAGAAAGACCACAACGUCAUGUGGACACAGGGUCAAGAUUUUGCUGGAGAUCAGAUCGCUCAGUGGAAAGAUUUUAUAGUCACAAUCAGUGAAAGCUACAAAGGUAUUCUGAAGAUGGAUCCAACCACUGGAGACCUUGUCUUCCUCAGAGUCACAAAAAGCCUGACGGGGUUUUAUUGUGUGAAGAUUUGGAAGGGCAGCGAGCCUCAUGUUCUGAGACAAUACCUCCUUACUGUCUACGAAACCGUUUCUGUUCCAAACAUCACAGCAGAGCCGACCAGCGAUGGGACCUGCUACGUCAGCUGUUCUGUGGAGAAUGGACCGGAUGUAACCCUGACUUGGUACCAAGGAGAGAAACAAAUAAGCCAGACAAGCAACAACAACAUCUCCAUCAGUCCCACCCUCCUUUUGGAGAUUAACAGAGAGAAUAAAUCCAGCUACACCUGUGAGGCAAAUAACCCCGUCAGUACUGAAACCACCUCCAUCAACUCCACCCAGCUGUGUCCACCUCAUGGAUCAGAUUGGAAUAUUGUCACAGCUACUAUCGUAGCUCUUGGAGUUGUUGGGGGUGUUUUGCUGGUGCUGGCUGCCUUGAUUGUAUGUCGAAAGUAUCAAUGCAUAAAAAGGACCAGAGAAACAUAUUUUGUUGAAACGAUUCAGAUGGACUCAUCACAGAACAGCUGUGAGGGAAGUGAGGACCAUCUGCUGAACGGCAACACCAGACAAACUUAUGAUGCCUUGGAUUCAACCUGAGACGGACUGAUGCACAGAAACAUGAAGAGAACUGAUCUGACAUGUCAGUAACAUGUCAGUAACAUGUCAGUAACAUGUCAGUAACAUGUCAGUAACAUGUCACUAUAACAUGAACUGUAAACAAUACAAAACUAACUGUCGGAUGCUCUGCUUGGUCCUCUGGGGUGCGUUUGUUUACGUUUGUUUGCAUGUGAAUGGGUGAAUGUGCCCAGUCCGUGCAUGUCCUCUAGGCUGUGGGCGGCAGGGCGGAGACACAAUAACAUAAUUAUUAGUGAUGAUGAUGAAGAAGAAGAAGAUGAUGAUGGUGAUAUCGGGGUUUGUCUCUGGGGUAUGGGCAGGGGCGCUGCUAGAGAUUUUGGGCCCAUUAAAAAAACUGAAGUGCAAUUUUGAUAGUGUAAUACAUUCAAUUAGCAUUUUAAUGCUAAUUUUUACCAUCAAAAUAGCAUUAAAAGAAAUUAAAUUAAAAGAAAUGAAAAGAAAAACAUGACAGGCUACUUGGUAGGGGACGCACCAAAAAUACAAUGAAGUUCAUUUAGAUUCAGUUAUUUGCUGCAUGACGGAUACUUUAU